AUGGGGCAUUCCACAUGCCGCCAGAUCUGUGGUUUGGGGGAGGAGAAGGAUGAUGAUGAUUGCCCUGUUCUCUUCUAUGCCAGCACGCUGUCGCUGUUCUUUAGGUCAGAGUGCCUGAAGGCUGACGGUCAGGCCAUACCGGUACACCGUAGAACACAGCUCGAGAAGCGGUCGAGGCGGCAAUCGUGGCUGGCGGCCUGCCCUGCGCGCGCAAGAGGACAAGGAACGCCGACACGCGCGCUGCCCUGCGGUACGGCUGCAAGUCUGCUCCACUGCGCCAUAGUGCAGCAGUACUAUGGACGACCCCAGCAGAAUCACCAUUACCGUGUGCGGCGACGGAGGAUGCGGUAUGCCACCACUGCCAUUGAAUCUCUUGUCAUGGCACAGGCAAGGCUGAUAGGGCGCAGGAAAGAGUUCCAUCACAUUGCGACUGGUGAGGAGCCAAUGGACGUCCGACUAACAGCAGACCACUUAGAGGACUCAUACAGCGUUACCCGCAACAUAGACGGCCAGUCCUACUAUCUCAUGCUCACCGAUACCGCCGGCCAGGAGGAAUACCGCGGUCUCUGGGCCGCCUCCAAUCUCCAGUCUGAUGCCUUCCUGCUUGUCUACGACAUCACCCAAGCCCCUUCGCUCGACGCGCUCGAAUACUUCAUGGAGAUGAUCGACAUGGAAGAGGACAACCGCAUCGACAACGGCAAGGUACCACCCGUGAAGAUUGUGGCAGGGAAUAAAUGCGACCUGCAAGGGCAACGCCAGAUUGCUGCUCAGAAGGGGUUGGAGUGGGCGAGGAGCAGGAGGUGCGGCUUCAUGGAGACCAGUGCGAGAGAGAUGGUGAACAUCGAGGAGACGUUUGCUUUGCUCGUUCGCCGUGUGGUAGAAGCACGACGACUCGCUGCUGGUGACGGGCCCGCGCAACGGACUGCCGCUCUGCCUCCACCUGGACAGAACGAGCGCGGUUACCGUGACAACGAGAAAGGCGAGGGCGCGCCAAAAGACAAAUUCUGGACUAAACUCAAGUGCUGGUAG